UCUAUGGAAACUUACAUUAUCCAUUAAUAACAAACAAUGAAUUUUUUGCAAAAUAUUAGCUACAUUUGACGAUAUCUUUAAAUUCCAUUGUUUUUUAUGUUACGUACCAUAGUUCAUGAAUUGAUGAUGCUCUAAAGCUAUUAAUAAGCCUACUCUGGAAGAUUUAACUUGCAAAAUUAAAGCAGGUUGUUGUGUCUAAUCACCAAGUAGUUGGUCAAUGAAAACAAAUUCAAAGCAAAAAUAAUCAAUAAUGAAGAUUUACAGUAGGGGUUUUAAUUUAUUCGGGGAGAUUACGGAACCCAUUCUGAAUCAUUUCACACUGGUAGUUGAAUUUGAGGUUAUAAAAAAGGUAUGUUUAAAUUUCAGUUACUCUAUAUUUCACACAGACAAAGAAUGUUUCCUUUAUGUACAUGAAGGUGUGAUUGACCUAGUCAAAGCAUUUGAAGGUGAUGUUUUAAUGGUUGGUUCCAACGAUGAUUUUUACCUUUUCAUGAAAGAUACAGGGGAGCUACUAUUAGGUGACUUAAACCAUUUACAGGAAUCCAUACAAACACAUUACGAAAACCAUUUUCCUGAUAAAACUAUUAAAGAUAUUGUUUGUGGAUCUAAGAUUAUUGUCAUUUAUGGAACAGAUGGUACAGUGUGUAAAGUUAUUGACAGUGUUCCGCAGACUCUCAAGUUUAAAUGUAAUAAUAUUGUCGAUGUGAAGUGUGGAAACGAACAUUGUUUAAUACUGGAUGAAAUUGGGAAUGUUUACUCAUUUGGUGUAGGCAGCCGUGGGCAGCUAGGUCAUGGCAAACUGAAUGAAGAGCCAGAGCCAGUAUUAAUAGAAGCUUUAGCUGGCAUUAAGAUUAAGAAAAUAGCAGCUGGUGGUUGGCAUUCAUGUGCUAUCAGUGAAGAUGGCGUUUUAUAUGCCUGGGGUUGGAAUUGUAAUGGGCAGAUAGGAUUAGGAAAAACAGAGGAAGAAGAUGGAUAUGUUGCGGUUAUGGCUCAACCGCAUGUUGUAGAAUUUUCUAAUGAAGACUUAAAUGCCCUUUAUGUUGCCUGCGGGGCUCGACAUACUAUUGUUUAUACAGAUGAUAAACAAUUGUACGGCUGUGGAUGGAACAAAUACCACCAGCUAAAAACUUGUGACGAUAAAAACAUUUUCAAAUUGACUCACCUGCAUAACUUCGAAGAUUAUAGCGUCCUGGACCUCCAAUGUGGACCAUGGAGUUCAGCAGCUAUUUGCGAAUAAGUAGUUUCGGUAGACUUAGUCGACUUUAAGUUUUGUUUUUACCAAAUUUUAUUAAGACUGAAAAGUAUUUAGGAGUUGAGAUCUUAUUUACCAGUUACAAAUGUUGGAUUGUACUAUAUUGUAAAAACCUUUAUUUUGUUUAUAUUUAAUGUAAAUUGUUAGCUGUAUUUAUUUACAUGGUGUUUACACAUAAGUAUGAUUUAUAUGUUUAACCAAAAUAUAAUAAACAGUUUUAAACAAAA